UGCCGAACAGAGCGGAUCUUGUCAAGCCACCGCCUUGUCAAGCCACCUGGCCAUGGCUCCUGGCUUUCUGACUGCGAGCUUAAUUUUCCUGCUGAGUCAUGUCAGUGGUGUGGCCAGAGUGGUCGCUGCUGUGGGAGGAUACAUGAUCCUCACGAUGGGCUUGAUGUUCGCGGAUUUCUUUGGCUACAACUUCGGCAUGAAGGAUGCCGCCGGCUUCGUGGUCUUCUUUGACCUCGGUUCCAUUUUCACUGCGUGGUCUCUUCGUGAGCAUCUUCGAUGGUCGUUCUUGCUUGUGGCGGGAGUCCCCUGGACGCUCUGUGACUUGCUCGGAGCGCAGGUGUUGGUUCAAAACGACUCUUCACCGUGGCUGAAGCCUGCGUUUGGCGGCUUGCUGUUCAUAGUACUUUUGACCGACGCGUUUGAAGUGUGGAGGAAGUCGAAGCAGGCGAAGGUCCCGGUCCACACAGCCAUCGAGAAUCGGGACGUGCAGGGUGACCCCUCUGCGAACGUGGUGGGACACCAGAACUGUGAUUUGCCGCCGGUGCCGAUGCAGAAGGAGACCAGCAAACGUUUUGACGUUUGGGGCAACUGGAAGUGGUGCGUCCUCUUCGGCAUCACGGGUGGCUUGCUGAAAGGCCUCUUCACAGUGCCCAUGCCGGCGCUGGUGGUCUUUUUGCUUUUCUCAGGCAUCGACAAGGACACCUGGCGGGCCAAUCUGAUCCUUCUGAACAUCUUUGGAAUGGCCACCAAGGGCUACUACCUGUUCUAUGCUCAGAGCCUCUUCGAGGUCGCCAGGAUACCGCAAUACGCGGCUACGACCUUGGGUGUUCUGGCUGCGACGCCGGUGGGGAACUUCUUAGCCAAGCGGUUGGACAAAGAACGCUUCAAGGACAUCGUGCGUUUAUUCGCCUUCACAGGCGGUUCUUCGAUGGUCGCCACCGCGGCCGAAUCGCAGAGUUUGCAGCUGUGGUGCUCCUUUACCAGCCUGCUCUUGGGCGUGCUGACGCUGUGCUGCCGCUGGCGCAAAAGGCCGCUGCUGCCGGAAGGCGAAGAGCAAGAGCUUCAAGGCUUGGGGGACGAGACGCCAAAGGGGGCUGAAGAAGCCAAGGUUUGAGUUGUGUAACCGCUCAGAUUUGUUUGCGACCGACCAUAGACGGUGGGUGCGCUCCUGCACCUUUCAGCCAUGUGGCCAGAAGCACG